CUGAGGGCUCUGCCGGGCCGCGGCCCCCGCCCGGAGCGUCGCGGGUGAGGCGGGAGGGGGGAACGAGAGACCCCCGAAACCCCCGGGAUCCCUCGGAAAUCUCCUCCUUUGAACAUUCCCAAAAGAAAAAUUCCCAAUUUUCAGCUUCAAAACCUCUGGAAUUCCACCCAAAGAUGUCCAGGAAGCAGCAGCCCAAAGAUCCCUCGGGGUUCGUGUUCGACGUUCGCUCCGGGGCCGUGCGGGCGCAGGGCGGCUGCUCCGAGAACAUGAAGGAGAAGGUGCAGGCUGUCCGUGCCGUGGUUCCCAACCGCAGCAACACCGAGAUCGUGCUGGUGCUGCAGCACUUCGACAACGCCGUGGACAGGACUGUGCAGGCCUUCAUGGAGGGAAAUGCCAGCGAGGUGCUCAAGGAAUGGACAGUGACUGGGAAAAAAAAAAACAAGAAGAAGAAGCCCAAGCCCAAAGCUGCUCCUGGUGCUGCCCCAGGCCCAGAGCCCUGGGACAAACUGGGAAAUUUGGGAAAUUUGGGAAAUUUGGGAAUGAACCUGAAUGGUUUCCAUGGCAACCACAGUGAGGCCACGGGGGAAUCCCUGGAGUCCCUGAGCGAGGCUGGAGAGACACGGGCAGCUCUGGGCAAUGGAAUUCCGGAUUUUCCCAAAGAAUCUCAAAUCCCAAAUCCCAACCGGAGCCUCCGGAGCAGCCCCGGCUCCCCUGGGGGGAAAAAAUCAGGCUCCAGCCUGGAGAAGUCUCUGAAGGACCUGCAGCGCUGCUCGGUGGCGCUGGCGCGGUUCCGCGCGCUGCUGCGGGAGGAGGUGGAGAGUUCCCUGAGGAGAGCCCGGGCGGCCUUCGGGGAGAUCCAGAGCUGCCUCAUGGAUCGCGAGGUUGCUCUGCUGGCUGAGAUGGACAAAGUCAAGGCGGAAGCAAUGGAGCUGCUGUCCCUGCGGCAGCGCCGCGCCGAGUCCCUGCGGCAGCUGACGGAGGCGGCGCCGGGGAUGUCGGAGGAGCAGCUGCUGGAGCUCAGGGCUGACAUCAAGCACUUUGUGAGCGAGCGCAAGUUCGAUGAGGAGCUGGGCCGGGCCGGGCGCUUCGGCUGCGACCUGGAGGCGCUGAGGGGCAGCAUCGGCGCCUUCGGCCAAGUUUCCCACCCCAGGCCGAGCUAUUCCAGCCGCUCCCGCUGCAGCUCCGGCGCCGCCGUUCCCGCGGGAUCAUCCCUGGGAUCAUCCACCCCAUUCCCGACGGGAUCAGCCCCAGGAUCCCCCCCAGCCUUCCCAGGAUCCCCCCCGGGAUCCCCCCCAGGAUCAGCCCCGGAAUUCCCGGCUGGAUCAGCACCAGGAUCCCCCCCAGGAGCACCGGGAUCCCCCCAGGACAGAGCGACCCCCAGGGAAACCCCGGCCCCACAGCCCCCCCAGCGCCGCCGGAAGCCGCCGGGAUCCUCGGGGCCGCGCCCGCCCCCCCAGCGCCCCCCGGGGACCCCAAAACCCCCCCGGGGCCGCCCCGAGGGGGGCAACUCCUGAGGGACCCCAAAACUGGGGAGGGGAUUUAGGAUUUGGGGUCCCACCCCAGCAGCGUUUACAGCUCCCACUCUGUGCCAUCCCCCCUUUUUUCCCAUUUUUCUCCUCUUUUUUUUCCCUUCUUUUCCUCUUUUUUCCCAUUUUUUUCCCUCUUUUCCCCCCCCUCUUUCUGGCUUUUCCCACUGGGAUUUUUGGGGCUUGUUUUUGUCCCAGUCCCAAAAGUUUUGGGGUUUAGUUUUGUCCCAAUCCCAAAAUUUUUGGGCUUUGGUUUUAUCCCAAUCCCGGAAUUUUUGAGGUUUUGUUUUGUCCAAAUCCUGAAAUUUUUGGGGUUUGGUUUUGUCCCAAUCCAUGAAUUUUUUGGGUUAUGUUUUGUCCCAAUCCCAAAAUUUUCUCCCCAAUUCCCAAAAUUCCAACCCCGACCUUGUGCUGGCAGCGAGGGAAGAGCUGGGAAUGGGAACUGGGGGGGAAAUUUGGGAUUUGGGGGGGGGGGGGGGGGUCGCAAAAUCUGGGAUUUGGGGUCCCAGAAUUUGGGAUUUCCCCUCCAGGAUUUGGGAUUUUCCCUGCAGGAUCUGGGGGGGAUCCCUUCUGUGUCACCCCUAGAAUUUGGGAAAUUCCCCUCUGGAAUCUGGGAAUUUUUCCCUUUGGAAUUUGGGGAUGUCCCUUCCUGAACCCCCAAAAAUCUGGGAAUGUUUUCUGGAAUUUGGGGUAUUCCUUCCUUCCUGACUCCCCCAAGAAUUUGGGAAUUUUCCAUCUGGGAUCUUGGAAUCUCCCUUUGGAAUAUGGGGUGUCCUCCCCGGAAUUUGGGAAUUUUUCCCUUUGGAAUUUGGGAAUUUUUCCCUUUGGAAUUUGGGAUUUCCCAUUUGGAAUUUGGGAUUUCCCCUCUGGGAUUUUCCCUUUGGAAUCUGGGAUUUUCCCUUUGGAAUUCCGGGUCUCCCCCCCGAGUUCCCCCCCACUCAAACACUCCGGGAUUUUUUUGAUUUUCUCUGGAAUUUAUUUCAGGAAUUUCCUCCUCCCUUCCCCUUCCCAAAACCCCAAUCCCGGCCCCAAAUUUUUGGAAAUUUUUGGGACAAUGGGGGAGUUCCCCAAUUUUCCCAAUUCCCCCUUUUUUUUUUCCAUCUUUUCCCCAAAUUUGAUUUUUUUGGGAA